GUGGAUGCGUCGCUCUGGUGGGUCGGUGUUGUGGUGGAGAAGCGGCUUUUUUGGCUCCACGGCUCCAAGCGACAGAAGAACCCGGCACUGAGCAGCUUUGAGACGUUGAAGAAAGUGCACACCGGGACAUAAAGAAGAAGAGAUAAAGAAGAGGAUAAGUCCAGAGGAAGAGAUUGAAGGGGAGGCUGUAGUGAUGGCUGAGGCGCCUCAGCAGCAGCAGCAGCAGAAGGUGGAGGAGGAGGAGGAGCAGCAGCAGCCACCGCCACCGCCACCGCCAUCGCCGGGUCCUGUGGGGACGACGGAGUCCGAUGAAGGGUCUGAAGAACCGAAGGAGGGCAUCCAGACGACCCCGACCCGACCCCUGCUGUCGAUGAGGUCAAUGAGUAGCGUGGAUCCAGACGACGACUCCCCCAACAUGAUUGUCUACAGAAAGAUUGAGGACAUUGUCACUCACAUCCAGGAUGAGACGGAGGGUGUUCCCAUCAGAACUGUCAAAAGUUUCAUGACCAAAAUCCCCAGUGUUGUCACAGGUGCUGAUAUUGUACAGUGGCUGAUGAAAAACCUGUCUAUUGAGGAUCCAGCGGAGGCCAUGCACAUUGGGACUCUGAUUGCAGCUCAGGGGUACUUCUUCCCUAUCUCAGACCACGUCCUUUCGCUUAAAGAUGAUGGAACCUUCUAUCGCUUUCAGGCGCCGUAUUUCUGGCCGUCCAACUGCUGGGAGCCUGAGAACACAGACUACGCCAUCUACCUGUGCAAGCGGACCAUGCAGAAUAAAACCAGGCUGGAGUUGGCAGAUUAUGAGGCGGAGAACCUAGCCAGGCUGCAGAGAGCCUUUGCCAGGAAGUGGGAGUUUAUCUACAUGCAGGCUGAAGCCCAGGUCAAAAUCGACAGAAAAAAGGAUAAAACUGAGAGGAAGAUCCUUGAUAGUCAGGAGAGAGCCUUCUGGGACGUUCACAGACCUGUGCCUGGAUGUGUUAACACCACAGAGAUGGACAUCAGGAAGUGUAGACGCCUUAAGAACCCACAUCGAGUUAAGAAGUCAGUGUACGGUUUGGCAGAGGAGGGAACCCAGUCUCAGAGUCCCAUCCAUACUCCCUCACACCACAGCAGGAAAGGCACCAAGGAGGAUGUGGAGAAAGAGAUCUUAUUCCUGCACGCUCAACUAGAUCGUCACUGUAUGAAGAUGUCCAAAGUUGCUGAAAGUCUGAUAAGCUACACUGAGCAGUACAUGGAGUACGACCCGUUUCUGAUGGCACCUGAACCAUCCAAUCCAUGGACCAGUGAUGACCCCUCCCUCUGGGAUCUGGAGGCCAGUAAGGAGCCCAGUCAGCAGAGGGUGAAGAAGUGGGGAUUCUCUCUGGAGGAGGCUUUGAAGGACCCGGCAGGACAGGAUCUCUUCCUCAAGUUCCUGGAGUCAGAGUUUAGCUCUGAAAAUCUGCGGUUCUGGCUGUCGGUGCAGGAUCUGAAGAGGAUGCCCCAGCAGGAUGUGGCUCAGAGGGCUCAGGAUAUCUGGACUGAGUUCCUGGCAGAAGGUGCACCAAGCUCCAUCAACCUGGACUCACACAGCUACGAACGCACCAGUCAGAACCUGAAAGACCCUGGCAGAUACAGCUACGAGGACGCACAGGAUCAUAUCUACAAACUGAUGAAGAGCGACAGCUAUACACGCUUCCUCCGCUCCAACGUGUACCAGGACCUGCUGAUGGCAAGAAAGAAACCUGAAACUGAGCAGGGUCGACGUACCUCUCUGGAGAAGUUCACCCGCAGCGUGGGGAAGUCACUGACGGGCAAACGGCUGACCGGCCUCAUGCAGUCGUCCUGACAAGGCCUGGAUCAAGAGUAGCAGGACCCGCACUCAGAAGAGCUGCUUCCCCCCGGGGGGCGGGUGGAAAAGGACCCUGAGGUGUUUGACUGUGGCUGUGGGAGGCGGGUGAGGACACCAAACAAACCCCGUCUGCUGGACUGGACCCGACCCGACCCGACUGCUGGACUGCCACAUUUGAAACCCACCUCAGAUGAGUUGAAGAGGACCGACAGCAUGCAAUAAGUCACCGGACCUGACACCAGGACAGCGCUGUCACUGCAUAGAGGACAAACAAUGCUUCUCUUCUUGGAGGGUUUCUACUUUAAAGCCUGUACACUGCCGGGCUUUGUUGUUUUCUCUAUUACUAUCUACACUCAUGUUAUUAUGGUAGCUGAAGAGGCUAUCCGUCGCUUUCUUUUCAGUGAUAUACACAGUGGAAUGCUUGAAUGCCUUGAUUGAUGUCCAAAAAUGAGACUUAGACUAACGCUGUAGCUAGCUGUUUUAUUUCACCUCAUUCACAGGGACAGAGGGGGUUGAGGAGGGGGUUUUACAGCCGACAUCUGCACUCCGUAAAGAACUUCUGCUCACUGCUUUAACGGUCCAACAGGUGCAGUAGUACACCAGCUUGUACGUAGAUGAGCUUUUCGAUCCAACUUUGCUGCUUUUUGCGGGAUGACUCAUGGUUAAACCUCUGCAUGUCUAACACUGGUCUGGUCGGUUUUCGGUGUUUUCUUACUUCAGGUCAGUCACAACUUCUGGAAUUUUCACAUAAAGGCAGAUCAAAAGUGCACAUCUUACUUUUUUUCUUCAUUUCAGGACCGUUGAUGUACUGUAGCUGGUACAGUAGUGAGUAUGUGCACCUAUAUUUACAACACGUGGAAAAAGGGACACAGCUGAAGGGUUUAUAACUGAAGAAUAAAGCAACACACUUUUAUUUGGUCACAUUUGCAACAAAGCAGUAUGUAAAAACACCACACUUUAUUAUAGUUAAACAGCCUCAGCACAAUAUGUAAUAUAUUCCCCUGCAAGUUUGUAAUAAAGUAUGUCAAAAUAUGAGACUAUUUACAGCUUUAUACUGAGUUAAUGCCUUUUGAAGGUCUUUUUGAGGAACCCCUGUCAAAAGACUGUUGUAUUAGUCAACCCUGUUAGAAAGAAAAGUGUGAAUGGGUUUUUCCAGAUCCACUUUUAACAUGAAGUCCUUGACCGUGGCUUCAAGACAA